UUAUUGUAUUAUUAUAAUUGUUAAUUUAUGUCUUUUUCAUGUAUUUUGUUAGGUAAAUUAUAAAAGUCUAUGAGUAAGUGAUACAUUUUCAAAUAAAAAUUUCAAUUCCGUGAUACACUAUCAACUUUCUAAGUUCAGGAAACAUUUGAGUUGAGGUUAUGUGAACCAAAUUAUUACUUUAUAAUUGUUGAUAUAAACCAUGAGCGAAUCAUUCUCAAACUCGUCGAAAGACCCCUCAGGCAUUGGCCAACAAUUGGACGAAUACAACUGCGUUUAUUGUGGAGAUUUAAUCUCCUUGACUGACUUGAACGAACACGUAACCAAUUGUUCUAUUCCUUGGUCCUCAACAAAUACCACUAAAGAGAAACUAGUGAAUCCGUUGAAUUUUAUUUAUGAUGAACACAAUCCUGAUAGCUCACAAUGUAUAGAAGUGCCUUUGGAAGAAGCUCUGGAAGAUGUUGAGGAAGGCGAUCUGAACAUUUUAGGAGAUGCUGAUGCCGAUUAUCAAAAUCUACUACAAGAAGAACCUAAUCUUACAGAAACUGAAAAUAUUCUUAAACGGGAGUUAGCAAUAGAAUCUAUAAUUCAAGGUAAUACCAAUUCAAAAAAGCGAAAAAAAGUAGAAGUACAGUCUGUGGUAUCAAUUGGAUCUUAUAAAACGAAAGUUUAUAGCAAAGAUAAAGUUGUGAUAGAGGAAGAAACUCGUGCAGAAAAAAAUAAUGUCCAAACUUUAACAGUUUUAAAUAGUGCCAGGCAACCUUCUGCUACAGAAAAAAAAUCUGACCAAUCAAAAUCUGAUGUAAACAUUGUGCCUAUAAAACCUUCAAAAACUAAAAAAACGAAAGUUGUUCAAAUUAAACCUGGUCAAAAAUUGUUCCAAAGAAUACCAUCACCUGUCGAAGAAGUCGCAGAAAAACCUGCUGGUAUUUUUGAUUUUGUUGAUGAGCAAGAUGAUGAAGAUAGCAAAAGAAAACGAAAAGAAUUAAGGGAACUUAAAGAUAGGACAUGUUGCACCUGUUCUAAAGUCUUUAGUGAUCCAGUAGCGGUUCUAUAUCACAAACGAAAAGAACACUACCGCAGCAAAAUAAUAGUGGACAAACUAGAGCUGCAGUCCUAUUUACUCAAACCUCCUAAAUCUCAUUGCCCAGUGUGUCUUAAACAGCUUCAUCAUAAAAAAAAUGUCAAAACGCUCUACGUGAAACAUUUAAUGACUCACGCCAACGUAUUGGAAUCUAGCUUGAAAUGUAAAGUUUGUGAGAGGAAGUUCAAACGAAAGGAUCAUUUGGAGAAUCACGAACGGAGGCAUUUUUGAAUUUACUUGCUUGUUUGUGAUUUCUAUAUGUUUAAGAUUUCAACUAUAAUUUUAUCAGUAGUUUUAUUCUAUCUUUUAUUUCUAUUUUGCCCUGCUUUGGUUUUUUUGAUAGUUAUUCUCUGUCAACAAAUUUAUCUCUAAUUAUUAUAUUCUGGAUAUUUUUUUAAUGUAAGUGGGGUGUGAUUUUUGUUAGUUACAUAUAAGGUAGGCAUCUAGUGGUUAGUUGUAAAGCUUUGUCUAUAAAUACCAUGUAAAAAUA